GCUGGCAGACACAGAGUCCUGGGCGUGGAAUAGGGUGAGGGGAGAUAAUGCUUGCAGCCCAUCCUCAGGCCUCGAUGGAAGGGCAGGAGAGUUGGUGGAAGGGACAGAUUCGUUGCAUGCUCAACAUCUGGGGCGUGAUCCUCUACCUGCGGCUCCCCUGGAUUACAGCCCAGGCAGGAAUUGUCCUGACGUGGACCAUCAUCCUGCUCUCAGUCACAGUGACCUCCAUCACAGGCCUCUCCAUCUCAGCCAUCUCCACCAACGGCAAGGUCAAGUCAGGUGGCACUUACUUCCUCAUCUCCCGGAGUCUGGGCCCAGAGCUAGGGGGCUCCAUCGGCCUCAUUUUCGCUUUUGCCAAUGCCGUGGGUGUGGCCAUGCACACAGUGGGCUUUGCAGAGACUGUGCGGGACCUGCUCCAGGAGUAUGGCACGCCCAUCGUGGACCCCAUUAACGACAUCCGCAUCAUUGGUGUGGUCACGGUCACUGUGCUGCUGGCCAUCUCCCUGGCUGGCAUGGAGUGGGAGUCCAAGGCCCAGGUGCUGUUCUUCCUUGUCAUCAUGGUUUCCUUCAUCAACUACUUGGUGGGGACGCUGAUCCCCCCAUCUGAGGACAAAGCCUCCAAAGGCUUCUUCAGCUACCACGGGGACAUUUUUGUCCAGAACUUGGUGCCUGACUGGCGAGGUCCAGAUGGCAGCUUCUUUGGGAUGUUCUCCAUCUUCUUCCCCUCAGCCACGGGCAUCUUGGCGGGGGCCAACAUCUCCGGGGACCUCAAGGACCCUGCUGUAGCCAUCCCCAAGGGGACGCUCAUGGCCAUUUUCUGGACCACAGUAUCCUACUUGGCCAUCUCAGCCACAAUCGGCUCCUGCGUGGUACGGGAUGCCUCUGGGGUCCUGAAUGACACGGUGACCCCUGGCUGGGGUGCCUGUGAGGGGCUGGCCUGCGGCUAUGGCUGGAACUUCACCGAGUGCACCCAACAGCACAGCUGCCGCUAUGGCCUCAUCAACUACUACCAGACUAUGAGCAUGGUGUCAGGCUUUGCCCCCCUGAUCACAGCUGGCAUCUUUGGGGCCACCCUCUCCUCUGCCCUGGCCUGCCUAGUCUCCGCUGCCAAAGUCUUCCAGCGCCUGUGUGAGGACCAGCUGUACCCGCUGAUCGGCUUCUUUGGCAAAGGCUAUGGCAAGAACAAUGAGCCUGUGCGUGGCUACCUGCUGGCCUAUGUCAUUGCCGUGGCCUUCAUCAUCAUUGCCGAGCUCAAUACCAUCGCCCCCAUCAUUUCCAACUUCUUCCUGUGCUCCUACGCUCUCAUCAACUUCAGCUGCUUCCAUGCCUCCAUCACCAACUCGCCUGGGUGGAGACCCUCGUUCCGGUACUACAGCAAGUGGGCGGCGUUGUUUGGGGCAGUCAUCUCCGUGGUCAUCAUGUUCCUCCUGACCUGGUGGGCGGCUCUCAUUGCCAUCGGCGUCGUGCUCUUCCUCCUGCUCUACGUGAUCUACAAGAAGCCAGAGGUAAACUGGGGUUCCUCGGUGCAGGCCAGCUCCUACAACCUGGCCCUGAGCUACGCGGUGGGCCUUAACGAGGUGGAAGACCACAUCAAGAACUUCCGCCCCCAGUGCCUGGUGCUCACUGGGCCCCCCAACUUCCGCCCAGCCCUGGUGGAUUUUGUGGGCACCUUCACCCGGAACCUCAGCUUAAUGAUCUGUGGCCACGUGCUCAUCGGACCCCGCAAGCAGAGGAUGCCUGAGCUCCGGCUCAUUGCCAACGGGCACACCAAGUGGUUGAUCAAGAGGAAGAUCAAGACCUUUUACUCGGAUGUCAUCGCUGAGGACCUCCGCAGUGGUGUCCAGAUGCUUAUGCAGGCUGCAGGUCUCGGGAGAAUGAAGCCCAACAUGCUGGUGGUCGGGUUCAAGAAGAACUGGCAGUUGGCUCACCCGGCCGCAGUGGAAGACUACAUCGGCAUCCUGCAUGAUGCCUUUGAUUUCAACUACGGUGUGUGUGUCAUGAGGAUGCGUGAAGGGCUCAACAUCUCAGAGGUGAUGCAGGCACACAUUAACCCCGUGUUUGACCCAGCAGAGGACGGCAAGGAAACCAGUGCCAGCGGUGCCAGGCCAUCCAUCUCUGGCACGUUGGCUCCCGAGGCACUGGUGCAGGAGGAGCAGACCAGCACCAUCUUCCAGUCAGAGCAGGGCAAGAAGACCAUUGACAUCUACUGGCUUUUCGACGAUGGAGGCCUCACCCUCCUCAUCCCCUACCUCCUUGGCCGCAAGAAGAGGUGGAGCAAAUGCAAGAUCCGUGUGUUCGUUGGGGGCCAGAUCAGCAGGAUGGACCAGGAGAGAAAAGCGAUCAUUUCUCUGCUGAGCAAAUUCCGACUGGGAUUCCAUGAAGUUCACAUCCUUCCUGACAUCAACCAGAAGCCGCAGGCAGAGCACAUUAAGCGGUUUGAGGACAUGAUUGCACCCUUCCGCCUGAAUGAUGGCUUCAAGGAUGAGGCCACUGUAACUGAGAUGAGGCAGGACUUCCCCUGGAAGAUCUCGGAUGAGGAGAUUAACAAGAACAGAAUUAAGUCCUUUCGGCAGGUGAGGCUGAAUGAGAUCCUGCUGGAUUACUCCCGAGAUGCUGCCCUUGUGGUCGUCACCUUGCCCGUAGGGAGGAAGGGGAAAUGUCCAAGCUCGCUGUACAUGGCCUGGCUGGAGACCCUGUCCCAGGACCUCAGACCUCCGGUCAUCCUGAUCCGAGGAAACCAGGAAAAUGUGCUCACCUUUUACUGCCAGUAACUCCCAGCUUGGCCACACCUGGCCAAAGCUGAGGGUGCGCGGGACUGGGGCCCCUCCAGUCCAUGGGGACGAGACUCAUGUUCUCUUGCACUUGAAGUGGUAGCAUCUGGUGAUCCGACUGAAGAAGAUGGUAGAUUUCCAAACUUGGCUGGACCCCACUUCCCUGGACAUGUCCCCUGGGCCUCGUUUUUGUAGGCUGGAGAAGUAGCAGAUGAAGUUGCAAGGAACCUUCUCUGGAGGACCUUAUUCCUUUUAAAAGUGCUCUUUUGAUGACCAUUAAUUAAGAUUUCAGUCUUUGAUUUGUACGCACAUUUGAAUAAGAGUUCUGGAUGUGAAUGCUGACAGUUUCCACAGACCUUCCUUGGUAGUAGUUCCCAAACCAUACCUCCUUCCUCCCACAGUCAGGCGAAUGGGAGCCCCACCUGGAGGACCUACAGGAGCUCCCAGGAAUGCAGGGCUCUCUCAGCCUGCACAAUAAUGCAAAUAACUACCCCCAUUCCCUUCACUUUCUCCUUUUUUUGGUGGCUGGCCAGUACAGGGAUCCAAACCCUUGACCUUGGUGUUACCAACACCAAGCUCUAACCAAGUGAACUAACAGGCCAGCCCCACCCUUUACUUUCAAUAAUAGGUAUUCAAUGAUUCUUUAGGCCAGGGAUUUUAAAACUUUUUUGGUUGCAACCACAGUAAGAAAUACGUUUUAUGUUCAGACUUGGAACGCAACACAGAAAUGACUGGAACAAAAGUGUCACAAGAUAAUGCUUACCCUUUCUAUGGGUGAUGACCUUCAUUAUUUUCUAUUUCUUUCUCUCUUUGUUCCCCCCACUCUUUUUCUCUUUUUAAUGUUGGUUGUAAUUCACUAAAAUGAGUUUUGGACCCACUAACGAGUGGUGACCCACAAUUUAAAAAACACAGUAGACCUUCCUUUGUGUCCUGUGUUUGUCUACACAAUAGGAAGCCCAGCUGUUUAGGGGAAGGGCCACUGCUAAUCAUUGCUGCCAUUUUCCCAGCUCAUCCCACAGGGAAGAAAAGGGGAUUAAUAGGACACGUGAGGAGGGGUAUUGAUGGUGGGAGUGUCAAGAAGGAGUGUUAAAGAAGCAACGAGAUUUAAGAAAUCUAGGGGAAGGGUGUUAAAUUCAGGUGUGGUUAAGGAUGGGUGACAGAAUGUCAGGAAUGGGGAAGCAGAGUGGGGGGACAUGAUAAAGAUGGCUAGAUUGACAAAGAAUUAGGAAGGAGCAGGUCCAAACCCAGUCCAAGGCUGAGGAAAGGAUGGGGGAGGAGGAGCCCCUAGUAAGAGAGGGAAAGAGAGCAAGUCAGGUGAAUGUAAUAUGGCGGGUGGAGAUGGGAGAGAAGCUAAGGAAGACGGAGAUGGAGAAAAGACUCGUACCUGCUUUCCCCACACACAGGGAAGGGUGUGCAGGUUACUAUGGAUUGAACCCCCCAGAGUGUUGGCAUCCACAAAACUAGGGGAAAAGAGAUGAAUGUACAUUAAGAGACAUCAAAUGCCAGUGGGUGAGGCAGAAUGAAAGGGCAUUUGCGGCUCUGGACAUAAACACACAACGUACAGGUGAGUUGUGUGCUAAUAUGAUGACUGUGCCUUCUUCCAGUGGCAAUGGGGUGGCUGAAGGGACAGGCAUCUUUGGGUUCCUUUAGUGUCCUCCAAGGUGGCUGCACUGACUACAUAGUCAUGAAGGCCAAAGUCUCCUUCAUGGGUUAAAACCCAAACAAUUUUAGCAUUUCUCAGGUCAUCCUACUGCCAAGUCCAAAAGACUCUGAGCUCCCAGCCUGUUCUAAAGCUCUCACUGCUGUUUUGCUGCAUCAGGGCUUGCUGCAUGAGUCUGAGGACUGGCCCAGCUUGCUAGGGAUGGCCCUGGAGAAUGCAACUGCCUCUGAGCCAGUCACCUAGACCCUGGGACCAAUCCCCCAGCUCCAGAUAAGGCGAACCUCCAUCAGGGAAUGCCUGCCUUCCUAGAGCCACACAGGAAACAACUUCCUGGCAAAUGGGUGCUCUGUCUUCAGACCUCAAAGAGUCCCUGGUCCAAGAACAGAAAAUGUUUUAGCUUUUGGUAUUUUAAAAAACAAACCAAAAUUUUCACUAUGUUGGAAACAGUGAAUUUUUAACA